AUCAUUGGUUGCUGCAGGAUACCUUCAAGAUUCAAAUAUGAACCUCCCAAUAGCAGGUAUCAUGCAGUUCCAGAGCUUUACCAGGUUAUUGCACAGGCUGUGUGAAGAACCGGAUGUGCCAGAAGAAACAAUAACGGAACUUAUUCACUUAUUUCCUUCCAUUACCAAGGAUUUGAGGGUGCAAGGGUUGCGUUACAUUUUUAUUGCUGUGGCUAAAUGUUCUGCAGCUUGCUGUAAUAGUACAGGAGCCGACCAAAGAAAAAAGUGUUUACUUGUUGAUCUAGUAAAGGUUGCCUGUGAAUGUACUCCAAUAUCUUCUUUGAAGCUGUUCUUUGAAUUUUAUAUUUUUCUUUUGACUGACAUUUAUGACUCUACGAGGCAACUGGAUUAUGUUGCAAAUAUACACGAGGAGUAUAAAUUAUCAAUUAUGACUGCUGUAGUAGCUCUGACGCAGUCUCUCACAUACGAAACAAGAAUGGAUCUGUAUACUGUUGAAAAUGCAUUUCAUCUUAGCAGAAUGAUAUAUGUUGCACUGAGUAUGGCACAGAAAGAAAAACUUCAAAGUUUGAGAUUAUCAUCUAUUGAGUGUGUAAUGUCGCUAGCUCAAAUUUACAACGAUACACUGAUCGAAGACAGGCUACUACGAAAGCGAGUAGCUGGUACAUUCAUUCUUUUUACCCCCGGAAUAAUAAGCGGUUUCAGUUCAAUCGUGAGGGACGACGGCAGAUGUGGACAUAAAGUUAUUCUUAUGGCCUUUAGAGCGCUUGGUAGAUUUAUCGCUCUUCAAAUGGAAAAUUAUGAUAAUAUCGAUGUUGGUACGGCGAAUUUUGAACCUCCCCAAUCUUCAGAAACUCCACAGUUGAAUCCAACUGCAAGUCGAGAGAAUAUAAUCGGCAAUUUAAAAAGUAAAAGGAUUGAUGCAGCGUGGUAUCGUGCUACGGAUGAAAAGUUGUGCCAGAUAUUUCGCACAAUUUCCAAAGUAACUUUUCAUUACCACCAACAAGUUCGAUUAGAAGUGGCACAAAAUCUUUUAGUGUUGAUCGAACGCUGUUCAGACACAAUGUCCAACUUUGCAAGUAAAGCAUUAGAGGCGAUAAUCAAACUUUCGGAAGAUGAAGAUGACCAAAUUGCAAACCUAUGUAAAAAUGGACUGAGACAGUUUCAGGAGAACUUGCCUGCGGCUAAACAAAAAGAUCUAUUGGAGGGUUUAGAGGAAGCAUUUUUCAUAUCAUUGAUGACACUACCUCGGGUUUUUAACAGCUUUGAUGAAGCGCAACAGUUAUCAUCUUUAAACUUACUUGUAGGAUAUUUACAAUUGUUCGGUUCAAAUAUGCCACAAGUACUAAGAUCUGUUGCUCAUUCGCAUAGACUAAUUGACAGUUUGACCCAUAUUUCAGAAUUCGAAAGAAGAGAUAUUCGGUUAUUUGAGGAAUAUGCAGUAGAAGAUAUCGAAUCGAGGGAGUAUUUGAGAGCUCCUUGGAAAAAUUUCCGUUAUAUUAACGGUGAAGCUGUUCGAAAAAAAUUGGAAGUUGUUCAUCAAACUUUGGCCAAAUUUGACGUGAAUGACCAAAUUUCGUAUCUUUUGUUAGAUAUAUUUGUAUCGUCAAAGGAUAGACGACGAGAAGUGACCUAUAUUUUAAAUAAUAUGCUGUCUGGAAUACAUGAUGAAAAAGUUUUGGAGCACUUAACUUUGCUUGAAAAUGUGACAAAAUUAUAUUUGGAGCCGGAGUAUUGGAAGUUGCCGACCGAAGUGAGUUACAGGUGCCAACUGGCCCAAGUCCAGUAUAAUAUUAUUCAAAUCUGUUUACAACUGGAAGGAAUUGGUAAAAUUGCGGCAAAGUUGGGGAAACAAUUUCAACAUCUUUUAUUGCAUACGUUAUCUCCAAUUUUGGAAAGAGCAGGAUCAACAAACCCCGUCAUUAAAUUGGCGGGCACUGCUGCACUGGCAGAGAUAGCAAAGGCGUGUGGUUACGAAACUGUCACACACUUAAUUCGAGACAACGAUGAUUAUUUCAGCUUCCACAUAAGUAACAAAAUACGCAAGACUGACGAAAGUGUCGCCACCAUCAGUAUUCUAACUACUGUUCUAAGAUACAGCGAUGUUUCCAAUAUGAUUAGUAUCACAGCUGUUAUCACAGAUGUUUUGUCUCAAACUUACGAUAAAUAUUUUCAAGAAGAUUUCGCCAAUGUUUAUUUACAUUUGUUUCAAAUGUAUAUCAAAGUGUUACUUCGAUGGUAUUCAAUUGAAGUGGAGAUUCUUCCUAUAAAAUCGAAACAAGAGUUGACCGACCAAUAUCUCGAAUUUCAAGUGUCUGGUCUACAAUUAACUCAUGAACCUAAAGGAAAAACAGCCGAAGAAAUGUAUAGGGAAGAUCUCAAUAGUUACAGAUCGAAAAAAGAUUUAAAGGAGGAUGAACCAGAAUUAUCAGAAAUUGUUGAUAAAACGAAGCGUCCCUUCCACAUAGUACUAAUAAUAAAUUUGCUGACUCGAAUUCUAAACUUUUUACCAUCGAAAGAUAAGUCUCGAAAACUCCUAGUCUUGGAUAUCUUAAUUGAUGGUUUGGAAGUGCUAGGUGAGUGGGAAAACGAUCUUCUACCAUUAGUGCAUAAAGUUUGGGAACCGCUUAUUGGGAGAUUUAAAGAGACUGACGAGUACUUGAUUAUUCAUCGCAGCUAUCAGCUUUUAGUUACUCUAGCACGCUUAUCUAAAGAUUUUAUCCGUUCCAGGACAACCAAAGAUGUUCUACCAGAUAUAUUGAAAAUUUUAAAAGGACUUUCAGAACAUAGUUAUUUGAAGGAUCAUGGCGCUGCGUAUAGAUAUACACAGGCGUAUAAAUUACAAUUGACAAUGCUACAGCAUUUAGGCAGGCUUGUAAUCGACAUUGACAUGGUUGACACUCAUAUUACGACUGUUAUGCAGACAGUUGUAUGUUAUCUCAGUGUUAAGCAGCCCAUUCCUUUACAGAAAGCAACUGUCGGAUGCUUUUGUGACCUGAUGAUUUAUGACAGACCUUUAGUUAUACAAAUGUUGCAACAUUUUUUAUUAGAAGAAACUGGAGAACAUUUGCAAGAGUUUAGAAAAAAUGUUGAAUACAUUCUACAAGGUGGUGCCAUCAAUUCCAAUAUUUAAAUUUUUAUUUUCGUACACCCCAGGCAUUAUUUUUGAAUUUUAUUUCAGGAGUAAAGAAAGUUAAAUUGUUUCUUAACUUUGAAUUACAUGUAACAGUUUAUUUAUUUUCACUAUUAACAUGAUGUAUACAGUGGGCGAAAAUUAUUUGGAAUUGUUUUUCGCCUUAAGUAACUUUUAGUUUUGGUCAACCAAACAGAUUUAAUAAGUAUCCGUCAAAUUUUACUAAAUUUUGAAUUUAAAUAUAUUAUAAGUGCCCGUAAAAUCAUACUAACAAUUUUUGAGCAUCUGGAGAAAAACGGAAGUAAUUCUGAAAAGACUAUCUAUAGAUAUUAUUUUUAUAAGAAUUUAUUUUUUAAUUCAAAAUAUAAAGUUUUUUAACCAAUUAAAACAACCUCAAAACCAUGGUUAUUUACUACAGUCUGCAGUCUUUGGCCCCAUUGUCAAAUUGAUUGGUUAAUAAUUUCUUGAUUCCAACAAAAACUCAAAAGUGUGAUGUUUUAAAUAAUUUACAGUGUUGAAAAUAACUUUUCAUGAACCAUGGCUUCUAAUGUACUCCAAAUGUUGUAAUCAAUGUGGUUAAGAUCAGUCCUUUUAAUGGAAAUUUCCUCGUUUUUUGUACUUCUGAGGUCCUCUCGGAGGUCUAACAUUUGAUUUGGCUUCCCCUAAUUUCAUACACCUUUAUUACUCCCCCCGUAUAGGCAAUGUUCUGUAAAAGGAUACUGAUUACAGUUUUGAUAUUGUUUGUUUGCUCUAGUAAGAUUUUGGGCCUGUUUUUAUGUAUUUUAAACUAAGUUCAUAACAUGUCUAUGUAGUUUCUCGAUGGGUUCAUCGUCGUUACAGCGACAUUGGAGUAAGUGUCCUGCAAAAUGUCAGUUUGGUCAUUACGCUUUUUUUUGUAUUUUCUAUUUCAUUGUCAAUUUUUGAUUGUUUCAUACUUUCUGCAAUUAUUCAAUUUUUUGCUAAAUCAUACUGAUUGCAGUUUUUACAUUAUUUAUUUGCUAUAAUAACAUUUUUGAUUUGUUUUUAUUUAUUUUGCACCUAGUGUUGAAACCCAGGUCAAUAACGUGUUUAUGUAAUUUCCUGUAUUUGCAAGAAUACAUUUCAAAUUUCGUCGAACCCAACAUGUAACCUAAUAGUCCAGAUCAUAACCUCAUUGAUUACAGUAUUUGGAGUACAUUAGAAGCCAUCGUUCAUGAAAACACGAUCGAUUGAAAUUGAAACAUUGGCUAAGUAGUAUUGAGUAACCGAUCAAUUGGACUGUGGUGUUGAAGACUGCAAACUGUAGUAAUCAUCCAUAAAAUUUGCAUUAGUUGAACAAAAUUUUUAUCUUUUAAUCACAAUAAUAUAUACGCCCUUUCAGAAUAAUUUUUCAUUUUGCUCCAAACGCUUAAAAAUGUUAAGGGUAGUUUUUUGGACACUUAUUAAUAGUUUUUCACCUUUUUGAGUUUAAAUAUUAAAAGUGUAAUUUCUGCAAUGACAUCUUAAAAGCAAGCCUUUCUAAAACUACCCUCAGAUCUACCUUAAGUUUUUCACCUUAAAUAUGCUCUAUCAAUAUAGGUUUCAAAUUUCAUCAUCAUCAAAAUAAAAGUUAUUUAAGGGCAAAAGGGGCCCAAAUAAAUUUGCAUACUGUGUACAGUGCAAAUUAGUUAAUCACUGAAGUAGCUUAACGAAAAAUAAAAAUUAUAUACAACUGUGAUACUAAAGUUUCGACUAUUUAUUAUACAUUCAAGUUAUAGUUUAUGUAAUUGUGUGUUCUAAAGGUAACAAUAUGAUCGUAACAUGUAUGUAUUCAUUUGCGCCAACUCUGUGUGUGUGUGCAUUUUUUUUUUGAAUAUUUUAUGGCAUCCUUGGCGUUUUAUUUAUACAUAUAGGUGAAUUCAUUUUGUAGGUAAACAUACCAACAUCGAAAUAAAGAUAUUUGUAAUAAAAUUUAAUCAGUAAUGGUGUAAUUGUGAAUUAAUUACCAUUAAUCUUUUAUUUACUAUAGUUUUGCUUUUUUGAAGUACAGUCACAAGAAUUUAUUGUAAAUAUAUCUGCUGUUGCAGUUUAGUUCACACAAUUUAAUUUAAGAAUUACUAAAAGUUACGUAUAUCUAUUUGUUAUCGUUUUGUACUAGUUCACUUUUCUUUGUAUUUACUUUGAGGAUCGUGUUGCCAUGUAUUUAGGCUGUGAACUAAUCUAUUAUUCCUGUACAAAUUAAAAACUUAAGUAAAUUUAUCCUAGUGCUCCAGGUUCAUGAGAUACAAGGCAUCUACAAGGAAAUGUAUAGGUUUCUCAGGUAUACUUAAUUGUAAGAUGUAUGGUAUCUAUUUUUCAUUUUACAUAAUUAACUAUUAUGCCAAUCCGAUUGCACUUCCACACUCUACAUCUUAUGCUAAAAUGAAAUCUUGUGGAACUGGUAUGCAAUUGCAUUCAGUAUAAUGGUCAUUGUGGUGUGCACCUCACCACCAAUUUAAAUUUAUUUGGGCGUACUAAUACCAGUUAGUACAUAUUGAUACAAAAUAUUGACUUCCAGUUCAAUGCACGUCAGUUUAAAACUGUGAUUGCUUGCCAUGGUCUGUUUCAUUCUACUAGUUCCAAUAUGAACUCCAUCAGUUGUAAAUAAAAUCAUCUAAGCAAUUAGGAGAUUUAUGUUGGCUCAAUAACUAUUAUAAUAAUUUAGUUUUAAUUGUUUUGUAUUUUGCAUUAUACACUUAUUAAACAAAAAGACUGUUACCAUAUAAUAAAGAGAUUACUUUCUUA